AUGGAGAAAGGUGAACGGUUUUCAGAGUACCUGUUCGCGAAGAUGGGCCCAGGAGACAGAGGCCCGCAGACCACGGAGGACCGGACUGCUCCGGUGGAACCGACCGGCGCGAAGAAGUGGUUCAUUGACAACACGAUGCUGGUGGUCACGCUGCUCGGUGUCAUCACGGGAAUUGGCGUGGGAUUUGGUUUGCGCCCUUGUAACCUUGGACCUGACGCACUGGUGAUUAUAUCAUACCCUGGAGAACUGUUCAUGAGGCUACUCAAGCUCAUGAUUCUACCCCUUAUCAUUGCCAGCCUGAUAGCCGGUUCAGCAAGCUUAAACGCGAAGAUGAGUGGGAAGAUCGCAGUGAGAACUCUAUUAUACUUCAUCUUAACAUCCAUGUUCAACGCCUUUCUGGGUAUUUUGAUGGCAAUGAUGAUACAUCCAGGGAAACCAGAACUGAAAGAAGAUUUUGUCAGUGUUAAUACAGGGAGAAGGGACCACAGUAUUCUGGAUAGUCUUUUAGAUAUAGGAAGAAACGUAUUUCCUGACAACAUAGUGCAGGCUGCCUUCCAGCAGGCCCAUACGGUAUAUGUGCAGCCGACGACUUUGUUCGGCAGGAAUGCUUCUGAUAACGAUACGUUUCCGGCUAUGGUCCGAGUUGUAUCGUAUAGAGCUGGUACCAAUACUCUAGGGCUAGUUUUCUUCUGCCUAGUGUUUGGCAGUCUGCUGGGCACCUUGGGGCCUAAGGGACAGGUGGUGAUCGACUUCUUCCAAGCGAUCUUCGAGGUCAUCAUGAAGAUGGUGACGGGAGUCAUGUGGAUGACUCCGGUCGGCGUCAGCAGUGUGAUUGCGGGGAAGAUUCUCGGAGUCAGUAAUGUUGCUCAAGUGAUGUCCCAACUGGCCUGGUUCAUAACAACAGUGGCGAUCGGCGUGUUUUUCUACCAGCUAUUGGUGAUGCAACUCAUAUACUUCUUGUUCCUAAGGAAGAAUCCAUACAAAUUCUACUGGGGACUGUCUCACGCCAUGCUUACCGCAUCAGCCACUGCUUCUACUGCCGCAGCCCUCCCAGUGACCUUUCGAGCUAUGGAGGGUCCUCUCCGAGUCGAUCCUCGCGUCACCCGAUUCGUUCUACCCAUCGGCUGCAACAUCAAUAUGGACGGCACGGCACUUUUCUUGUCUGUGGCCAGCGUCUUCAUCUGUCAGAUGAACAACUUGCCCUUGGGAUUUGCUCAGCUGGCUACUAUUUUCCUAACAUCAACAGCAGCUUCUGUGUCAUCCGCGUCAGUGCCGUCAGCAGCGAUGGUGCUGCUACUCGUGGUGCUCGCUGCAGUGGACGCUCCUACACAUGACGUGUCGCUGCUGUUCGCUGUCGAUUGGCUUGUUGACCGCAUACGCACAACAAACAACAUGCUGGGCGACUGCUACGCGGCUGCCGUCGUGGAGCACCUGUCUAAGAAUGAGCUCAUGGCUUGUGAUGCACUCUCCACUGAACCUGUAACCAAUGGUCUCACCACCAUCAACACAGAGGUGGACCUCGGUCUCGUGACUCCCAGCAGAAAGUCAUUGGCGUCAGAUGACGUCAUCAUCGACAUGCAUUUCACCGGCAACCACUCCGUAAAGAGGAUCUAGUUUAACGCGUGCCUUUCAUAAUAUUUAUCUAGAACGCCGUAAGUAGACUUUUUAGAUAUUAGUCAGUAUGACUCUAAAAUUCGUAAUCAUUAGAUUUUGUACGAAAAUAUCUUGCAAUUUGAAUAGGUAUGUAUGUGCGCUAACCAUUUUAGCGUUACUAGCUGGUACGUCCAGUCAAUUGACAAUGGCAAAUGCGAUAGCUCAUAAUGAUAAGAAGCAAGUGAAUAAUUAUCAAACGCAAUUGACUAUUCCUAAAUAAGCAAUCAAGUAUUUAACACUUAUUAAUAUGUAAUAUCACCUAGUGUUGAUCAUAGCAGCAACGUUUUGAUAUAUUUUGAAUGAUAUGAUGCUAAAGUAUUCAAGGUACCUAAUUAUAUUUAAGUGCCAAAGGCCAAUUCGUAAUUUUAAAAUGCCAUUUUUACAUUUUUAUAAAUUAGAAAAUGAUUGACGAGCCAGUUUCGGUUGGUUUCAUCACAAAAUGACU